AUGUUCCAGGAUUUCUCUGACCAGAGAGACAUGGCCAAACAACCGGCCAGCGCCAGCGCGCCUACCGGCUACAUCCCGGCGCAGCAGUCCGACGGAGCUGCGGGACUUACAGCAAACAAACCGGACAACUCUGCUCCGUGCCCGCCGCCCGCCCCUCACCAUCACCCGGCGCCUCAACCGCCGCCGUGCAACGAGAACAAAACUUUUUGUCCCACGGAAAAUAACCCGGGAGAACCGGACGCUAAUAAAGCGUAUGGGACGUUUAAAAGCACCCCACCGGCUGUCCCUGGAUCCGUGGCCACCAACUCGGCCUUUAGGAAGGAUUCCGCCUGUUCGGCCCGCGGGGGGUCCGCCCAGUACGGCGACCCGCUGCGGGCCACCGCAGAGCAGAACAACACCGCGGGCAACUGGACGGCUAUGAGCCAGACCACCAUCAUACUGGGAACAGAUGGGAACACGUCUGUUCAGCCCGGCACCGUGGCGGGGGCUGACGAUGAUGACGAUGGGGGAGAUGAGAAUAAGGCCAGAGGAAACUGGUCAAAUAAACUGGAUUUUAUUCUGUCCAUGGUUGGCUAUGCGGUGGGACUGGGGAACGUGUGGAGGUUCCCUUAUCUUGCCUUCCAAAAUGGUGGAGGAGCUUUUUUGAUCCCCUAUCUGACAAUGCUGGGCAUUGCCGGGAUCCCAAUCUUUUUGCUGGAGGUUUCCCUGGGCCAGUUUGCCAGCCAGGGCCCCGUGUCAGUGUGGAAAUGCAUCCCAGCCCUACAAGGUUGCGGGAUUGCCAUGUUGAUAAUAUCUGUCUUGAUAGCCAUAUACUAUAAUAUUAUAAUGUGCUGGACACUGUACUACCUGUUCGCUUCGUUGAAGGGCUCACUGCCAUGGGCUAACUGUAGGAAUGAGUGGAACACGGUGGAAUGUAAGGACAAAGACAUGCUGCUGUUAGACUCGUGCAUCCUGCGAGACAGAAACAUCACCUCCAUCAAGAACUCCUCUUUCUGUCUAUCCGCAAAUACUGUGGGGAACCUGACCAAACUGUUAAACAUGACUGUGGACGGCAACAAGACCUACGUCAGCCCCAGUGAGGAAUACUUCAAGUACAAUGUGUUGCACAUCUCUAAAGGGAUUGAAUUUCCAGGAGACAUUCGCUGGCCUCUGGCAGGCUGCCUCUUCCUGGCCUGGAUCAUCGUCUACGCUUCUUUAGCCAAAGGAAUCAAGUCAUCAGGGAAGGUGGUUUAUUUCACCGCCACAUUUCCCUACGUGGUGCUGGUCAUCCUGCUGAUCAGAGGAGUGACCCUCCCCGGUGCCGGCGACGGCAUCCUCUACUUCAUCACGCCAAAAUGGGAGAAACUCAAUGAUGCCAAGGUGUGGAAAGACGCAGCCACUCAGAUCUUCUUCUCUCUGUCGGCCGCCUGGGGAGGCCUCAUCACUCUCUCUUCUUACAAUAAGUUCCACAAUAACUGCUACAGGGACACUAUUAUUGUGACAUGUACAAACAGUGCCACCAGUAUAUUUGCUGGGUUUGUCAUCUUCUCAGUCAUUGGUUUCAUGGCACAUGAGCUGAAGGUGCCGAUAGAGAAGGUGGCGGAUGAAGGUCCAGGCAUAGCGUUCGUGGUGUAUCCAGAGGCUCUGACCAGACUUCCUCUGUCUCCAUUCUGGGCCAUCAUCUUCUUCCUCAUGCUCCUGACUCUUGGCCUUGAUACUAUGUUUGCCACCAUCGAGACCAUCGUAACCUCAGUGUCGGAUGAGUACCCCAAAUACUUGAGGAAACACAAACCACUCUUCACCCUGGUCUGCUGUGCCUCCUUCUUCAUCCUGGGCUUCCCCAUGAUCACAGAGAGUGGGAUGUACAUGCUGCAGUUGGUGGAUACGUUUGCCGCCUCCUACUCUUUGGUCAUCAUCGCUAUCUUCGAGCUGGUGGGGAUUUCCUACCUCUAUGGUCUGCAGAGAUUUUGCGAGGACAUUGAAAUGAUGAUUGGUUUCCAGCCAAACCGAUUCUGGAGAAUCUGCUGGGCCUUUGUGACUCCAACUAUUCUGACGGGCAUCCUGGGACUGAGUCUGUACCAGUGGAAGGUGAUGACGUAUGAGGACUACACCUACCCCACCUGGUCCAUGGUUCUGGGCUGGCUCAUGGUAAUCUGCUCCGUCAUCUGGAUCCCCAUCAUGUUCGUAGUUAAGAUGCACCUCGCCCCCGGCACCAUAAUCGAGCGUCUGAAGCUGGUCUGCUCCCCUCAGCCCGACUGGGGUCCUUUCCUGAUGAAGCACCGCGGAGAACGCUACAAGAACAUGAUGGACCCUCUGGGAACCAGCUCCCUGGGCCUCAAACUGCCCCCAAAGGACUUCCAGCUCGGCUCCUAUCAGUAG